AACACGAGAGUGUGGUUCGCCUGGAGCUGGAAAAACACCCGUUGUGGUUGUGCUGGGCAACAGUAAUUGCAACAUCGACCGUCCUGUUGCUACAUCUACAUACAUUAGAUGACCAAUGUCUCACUGCAUGGUUCAGAGGAGCAGCACGGGCCUGAGGGAGACUCCGUAGGAAAAAUUAUACCUGGUGAUCUUCUUUACGUAAACAAAUAAACCCUGGACAAAUGGAGGAUCUGAGGCACAAGAUUGAUUUCAUGUCACAGACAAUAUGCCCAAGUUUACGGACUCCAUCUGAUGAGGACUUAAAGGCCCAGAACAAUGGGAAAGUGGAGAAAAUGCAGAUGAAGAGAGAAAUCUCCCUCAUGAAUGGAAUCUGCCUGAUUGUUGGCAACAUGAUUGGCUCUGGGAUCUUUAUCUCACCGAAGGGUGUACUAAUGCACAGUGCCUCUUACGGGCUGUCGUUGCUGAUUUGGGCUUUUGCAGGCAUCUUCUCAGUGUUUGGAGCUUUGUGCUACGCAGAACUCGGAACCACCAUCACCAAGUCUGGAGCCAGCUACGCCUACAUCCUGGAGGCGUUCGGAGGCUUCCUUGCAUUUAUCCGUCUGUGGACGUCCAUCCUUUUGAUCGAGCCAGCCAGCCAGGCUGUGAUUUCGCUGACCUUCGCCAACUACCUGGUGGAGGCUUUCUACCCCACCUGCCAGCCGCCAUAUGAUGCUGUCCGGCUUAUCGCUGCAGCCUGCCUCUGUAUGCUCAUCUUCAUUAACUGUGCCUACGUGAAGUGGGGGACUCUAGUCCAGGACAUUUUCACUUACGCCAAACUCAUGGCACUCUGCCUCAUCAUCGUUGUAGGAAUAAUGAAAAUAUCUACUGGAGGAUCAAAGAGCUUCGACAAUCCGUUUGAAGGCUCCUCCACAGAUCCUGGAGCCAUUGCUUUGGCCCUUUACUCAGCUCUGUUCUCCUUCUCCGGCUGGGAUACACUCAACUUUGUCACUGAGGAGAUUCGGAAUCCAGAGAGGAAUCUGCCCCUGGCCAUUGCCAUUUCUAUGCCCAUAGUGACCAUCAUCUACCUGCUGACCAACGUAGCGUACUAUGUGGUUCUGGACAUGCCAUCGUUGCUGGCCAGUGACGCCGUUGCUGUGACCUUUGGGAAUGCAGCCCUGGGGCCGUUCAGAUGGAUCAUGCCUGUUUCAGUGGCCAUGUCUUGCUACGGAGGACUCAAUGCUUCUGUCAUUGCUGCCUCACGGCUGUUUUUCGUUGGAGCUAGAGAGGGCCACCUCCCAAACAGUCUGAGUCUGAUUCACCUGCGGCGCUACACACCAAUACCUGCACUACUGUUCAAUGGGUUAAUGGGUCUGAUCUUCCUGUGUGUGGAGGACGUGUUCCAGCUCAUCAACUAUUUCAGCUUCAGUUACUGGCUCUACGUGGGUCUGUCUGUGGCCGGCCUUAUCUACCUGCGCAUCACUCAGCCAGACAGACACAGGCCUGUGAAGUUGAGCUUGUUCUUCCCCUUCAUCUACUGUCUGUGUAGCCUGUUCUUAGUCAUCGUCCCUCUGUACGGAGACACCAUCAAUUCUCUCAUAGGAAUUGGCAUUGCACUGUCUGGGGUGCCGGUCUACUACGUAGCCAUUUACCUGCCUGACGAGAGGAGGCCCAAAUUCAUACGCAAGUUAAACACCUUUGUCACCAAAUACAGCCAGAUGCUGCUCUACUGCUGCCUGACUGAAUUUGACACUGAGACAGAAGCACAAGCCAACGGUAAAACACAGUGAGCUGCAGACAAUCCGUCGCUCAUCAGCUUUCUGCCUGAGGCCUCAGCCUUGUCCAUAUGUUGAUGUUCAUUGCUCCCCAAACGCAGAAAAGCAAGACCUUGCAUGGACAGAGUGACGAGGCGCAGGCCUGCAACGUUUGUGAGGAUUACUUCUCCAAGGUCAAGUUAAAAAAAGGUCUGACAUCUCAAAUGACUCACCAUGAAGGAGCAGGCACUUGAGAAACUGUUGCUUUCUUCUACAAAUGGGAUGCCCCUUUCUACAGAGAUCAAGGAAUAUCUUUUAUGAGGAUUUCAAAAAACUAUGGAGGAAAUAUGGAGCUCCUUUAACAUUUUAUUUUUUAGACUAGAAGAUGUAACUUGCUUUCUUCACUGUGGAGCAGUUUAAGUUAAGUGCCCUGUUUACGGGUCAUAAUUCUUUCAAUUAAAACGGUUGAUUUCAAUAUUAGGUUUUAAGAAUACAACUUCAUAAUAAGACUUUUUCCUGCAGCUCUCCCUCUCCCUGCUCUGUCCCACAGGAAAUGCAUGCGCAAAACAGCCAAUUGGAACACUCUCUCUUAAAGCAACACUAGAGAACUUUUCCCAUUUCAGUCCCCCUACAGGUUGGAAGCGGAAUUCUCCAUUACAUUACAUUGUCCAGUUCAUUCGCACUACAGAGCCGCUACUUACUCCAAUUGCACCUGACUGCAGUACGCAAACCGGGGUUGGGCUAAAUGUGGGCGGAGCUAAACGUUUGUACUCCAACUUACUCACCUGAUCUGGCAAACUUGCAUAAUGUAAUGUAAUGGACAAUUCCGCUUCCAACCUGUAGGGGGUCUGAAGCAGGAAAAGUUCUAGUGUUGCUUUAAAUGACCUGUGAUUGGCUAAAGUCUCCCGUCACGGGCUAGAUUUUUUAAAGCCUGAAAAGUGAGCCAAGAGGAGAUGGAGAAGUAGUUUUCUCUCAGACCACUUGAAUUGCAAUAUGCUGAAAAUGAUUAUGGAAUUUUUGCCCAACGAUACCCCGUACGUAAGUUAUGUAACAAACUUAUUUUAUAAUUCUUACUUUUUAAAAUUCCGAUCGCUCGUGUUGCUUGACAUUUGUGGCAUAACGCUCAGAAAUUGUGCAUAACUUUUUAUAAGAUAUCAUACAAACCACUGUAUGAGGAUACGUUACAAAUGAUAAUGGACCAAUAUGUAUGGUACCAUUUAUAAGAUGUAGCAUGGUAUGUAUGUGACUUUGUGCAUCACAUUUGUCAAAAAACAGCCAGAUAAUCUUUAAAGAGAAGAUUUUCCAGUUCAGUAUAAUCUGUUUUAAAUCAGUUGGAUUAAAAUAAAUGAUUUCUAUAGUUUUCUGUCAACGUUUUCAUAUGUUUAAGUGCUGAUUGACCAAAUUCAGUAAUAAAUAUACAUUGAACUUGAAA